AUGCCUACAACAACGAUGUCCGCAUCCAGUAAUCAGUCUUCCUCGAAAACGGAGUUGCAAUCAAACGGCUUGGUUCGCGAUGCCAGCCGACUGUCACGUCGGAAAUCCAAAUACGAACGUGCUUUGCUUGGACGUUACAGACUUGGGCGAACCAUCGGCACGGGAAACUUCGCCAAGGUCAAGCUGGCUACUCAUUUACUUACUGACAAAGAGGUAGCCAUCAAAAUAAUAGAAAAGGCCGAACUAAGUAGCUCCAGUCGUCGAAAGGUACCAAUUCUAAUUGUCCUCGUCUCAUCGACCUUUUAUAUUUCUGUUCUCUCUAUUCAGCUUUCUAGGGAAGUCAACCUGAUGAAGGUUUUAGACCAUCCGAAUAUAAUCAAACUACUGGAAAUCAUCGAUACGGAGAAGAUUAUGUAUCUAGUCAUGGAAUAUGCUAGCGGAGGUGAACUUUAUGAGUACAUUAGUAAACACGGCCGGAUGACGGAAAAAGUGGCUCGGGAAAAAUUUCGACAAAUUCUUUCGGCGGUGGAAUACUGUCACCAAAAGCAUAUCAUACACAGGGAUUUGAAAAUGGAAAACCUUCUGUUAGACACUGAUAUGAAUAUCAAACUUGCCGACUUUGGGUUCGCCAACGAGUUUGAGGAUGGAAAGAAGUUGAACACAUUCUGUGGCAGUCCACCUUAUGCUGCACCGGAGCUAUUUCGAGGGAAGGAAUAUACCGGACCUGAGGUGGAUGUUUGGUCACUGGGCGUCAUUCUGUUCAAACUGGUUAGUGGUACCCUCCCGUUUGAUGGCCACAGUUUGUCCGAGUUACGAGAGCGUGUUCUGCGUGGUCGAUACCGAAUCCCCUUUUACAUGUCGACGGAAUGUGAGAAACUGUUGAAGAAAAUGCUCGUCUUGAAUCCCAGUAAGCGGCACACUUUACAGUCUAUAAUGAACGAUCCUUGGGUGAACCUCAGCUACGACGACAACCCAUUGACUCCUUACGUGGAAACAAAAUCGGAGACAACGGAUCCAAACCGAAUUGAACAGCUGAUGAGCAUGGGAUUCGGUUUGAAUGCCAUUGUAUCGUCUCUAAAAAACAACAACUUUGACGAGAUUACUGCGACCUACAACCUACUUGAAAGACGGUGCAGUGUAGAUGAACAGAGACCGGAAAACGGUCACGAACCGCCUCAUAAAUUGCACAACGGCUCGCGUACUCCGACUCCACCAAAACUCACGGUUUCAAAGCUUGAUGCUUCGCCUGUUUCGAAUCCAUCCAAAUCUCCCUCUCCUUCUCCGAAGAGCAGCUCUCCAACUUUGGAUUCAACAGAGAAACAAUCGCCCUCGUCAGUGGCUUCUCUGAAAACACCGGGUAGUCCGCCUUCGCCCAAACUGAUUCAACCAUCGACCGCUCCCAGACUGUCGUCGGAAGAGGAACCAUCUGCCCAUCCGUUUGAAAGGAAAAUCAGUAUAAAGCGCGAAUAUGCGGAGAAUAAGAAGAGUGUGGAAAAAACAGUGGAUACUGCUGUGAAAACUAAUGCUCCACGUCCGAUGACAACCUACGAGCUUCAUCUCUCACCUCUCGGUGUUCCCACAAGAGAACGACCCGUUGAACCCAGCCUCAAACACUGGUAUCCUUCCGGUGGUUACUUACUACGAAACGGAACCGUUCAAUCAACAGCUCCGAAUGGAGCCAUCCGCAAUGGAAGUAUUCAAAACGACUUGAUUAUCGAGCACGCGUACCCCUCCAAACUGGGAACGGAGAACCCAAGACCUAAGGUUGGUCAAACCCCUCCUGCUGCUGAAAACAAACCAGUCGAAUGCGUUUAUAAAAGCGCAGUUCCUAAUGCCGUGCCCAGAGACCAGCAAGACACCAAGUUGUUCCCGUCCAAUCCAGUUCAACACCGAUUGCCAGAGUAUCUGCCCAACGUUACGAGCUUUGGUCGCUUUGCUCCGAUGCGUCAGACCAUUCAUGCCUACCGUCCAGAAAUCGAAAUUCGCCCAGAAUCACCCGGCGUGGCCGAAUCAAAGGAUUCGCCGGCUGUACAACCUAGGAUCAAUUUGUCAAAGAUCGAUGCUGAGGAGUCUUCGGUCCUCGAAGAGGUACAUGACUCUCCGAAAUCGAAAGGCUUGCUACGCUCCUUAACAUCACGGUUUACCAAGAGACAUUCGCCCUAUCGUAUUGACAUUGACACAGAAGAAGAAUCUGAAAUGCUCCCGAAACAGGAUGCUCCAGAACAGAGAAGGUCAGAAAUGGCUCACGUCAAUGAACACGAAUGGCCUAAUUGCACUUCUCAGCGGGUGACUUACGUUGGUGCACGACAGACGGAGUGUGACAUGAACUAUGCUGAGUCGCCUCAGCCUACGCAACACGAAAUCCCUUCCGAUAUCCCGACUUACGCGGUCUCGGAGCAUAGUUCAGCUACUCGCGAUCCUCGAGAACCACAUGAUCGCACACCUGCUGGAUUUUUCCGUUCGGUAGCCCAACGCUUCAGUAGGAGGAAAUACAAUACUAACGGAUCUGCUGGAAGUACACCGUCUGACUACCCCGUUAGCCGGACCUCCAAUGUGUCCUUGAAAAGCAAAGAUUCUGCACUAAAUUCAAACGCAAUGCCGCAGUCAAUUCUUGACUCCGUCCGCCAGGCUCCACCAAAGAUUAGAAGUAACACCGAUACACCAUCACCUCACGUUCGUCGUUCCGUUUCCUGGCAUAAACCCAAACAGGAAACAGACCCUGUGGAUGUCCCUCCGGCUGUUUCGCAAACAAAUGAUCAAAUCAAGCCGCGAGUCUUUCGUUUCACUUGGUCAAUGAAGGCCACAAGUAAACGGCCAGCGGAUGAAAUUCUACAAGAAGUAAAGCGAGUUCUGGACCGGUUCGGCUAUUCCUAUGAUCAACAACAUCGGUAUUUGCUACUGUGUGAAGACAAGUCACAUUCGGGUGCCACUCGACCGGUCAGUUGGGAGCUGGAAAUAUGUGGAGUCCCACGACUUAAUGUGAACGGGAUUCGAUUUAAAAAGAUUUCCGGAACAUCGGUCGCUUGCAAGAGCAUUGUGACCAACAUUUUCAACAAUUUGAGCAUCUGAUAGAAGUAUUUCGGUUCAGAGCUUUGAUUUACCUAGGUCGACACUUGAUGAACAGGUACGCUGAUACGAACAGACUAACUGGUGUUCUCCAAACACAUCCACGUACUCAGGAACCCUAGUUAUCCCACGUCGUGUCUAUCCCGACUAUAACACGCGCGAAUACCAACAGUGUUUCUUCACAUUCUCUGUAGCAUGGGGUUAUGCUGAUGUGUCUAACCCACCUGUGAUAACAAGUGACUUUCGAUUUCCUUAGUUGCUUUCAACCUAACAUCAGUACCAAAGCAAUGAGUUAGUGUUUGAGUCAGCCGUCGGAGAGCAGAUUUUAUCAACCUUUUGCCUUAUGUGUUUCUGCAUAUAUGUUCACAUUUGCACCGCUGUGAUCUAAGCGUCAUUGUCUCAACGAUUUAAGACAAUUUGAACAACCGGUGUGUAUCACCUCAUAUUAACUCCUUUGUGCAUGAUAAUAAUACUGUUUAACAGCGCCGUCCCAUUUUUCUGUCAUCUUUAUUUGCCCUUGUAAAUCCCACCACCUAGAGUUAACUUUGACGCAUGUAGUGUUGGCACAACUCUCUCAGAUGCUGCCCCUUCCGGGGACGCUUUUUUAGUACCAUGAACUGCUUUUCUACUUUCCCUCUAUACUUUUGCUCAAUUUUUCAAGAUAUUUACCUGAAUUUUCGCACACACACAUACUGAUAAGCCAAUC